UAUCAUAAAACUGCUGAAAAUAAAAGACACCGUUCCAUAAAAAAACCCCUUUUCAUCUUCCUUCAAUUAUCUGCACAGUACAGUCCCCUCAACUGCAUACACAAACAAUCGAACAGUUUUUAUACAGCAGUUUUAUAACUUCUCAUCCCCAAAUUCAUGUCUUAUUAUAUGUACAUCAACUCGAAUCCUUCAAUCCUUCACAGAAAUCCCUCUAUCCUUCACAGAAAUCGUUCACAUCUAUCAUUCCAAGAAAUUGAAGAUAUCAACAUUCCGCCAGUAGAUAAAUCAACAACAUUUCCGGCAAAAGAUAAAUCAACCGAAUCGUUUGCCAUCGGAAACCCUGCAAACGGUGCUCGCAAUAUCAAAUAUGGCGCCGGCGCCACCACAGUUUACAUGUUUCAAUGAUAUUACACCCGAACGAUAUAAUUGGAAAGUGAUGGCGCGGGUGAUUCGGCUGUGGAAAGUUCCUAGCAAAGCCGAUCAAACUAUUAUUAAUAGCCUCGAUAUGAUCUUGAUCGACGAGCAGGGAGGAAAAAUUCACGCGUCUAUAAAAAGGACUCAAGUCAACAAAUUUUACAGUAUUCUGAAAGAAGGUAGUACUUACAUCUUCCAGAAUAUAAUGGUAGUUCCAAAUGAUCCGAAAUUUAGAGCAACUCGCCAUCCCCACAAGAUCAUAUUUAUCAACAACACUCGGGUAACCAAUUGCAACGCUCAAAAUAUUCCAACAAUUACUUAUGACUUCACAAAUUUUGUUGACAUCAUAAAUGACGGGGAUGACACGUGGCUUAUAGAUAUUAUUGGACAUGUUAUUGAAAGAGAUGAAGUGAAAGAUGUUGACAUAAGUGGACGCAACCACAAGCUUCUGGAAAUCACUCUUCAAGACUUAUUGGGGAACUGAAUAAAAUGCACUCUAUGGGAUCAAUAUGUCGAUCAAAUGUCUCAGCAUUUGAGUGAUCCGAACUCAGCUGGCCCGGUCAUCAUUAUACUGGAGUUGUGCAUGGUCAAAAAUUUUAAUGGCCAGAAUAGUAUUUCUAAUGCUUUCCACAGCUCAAGAUUGUUAAUAAAUGAAAACUCCGAACCACAUAGAGAGUAUAGAGAAAAACUCUUAAUGCAAGACGCCGCGUUGACACAAUCAAUCAGCGUGAUAUCAAACCAGAGGUCGACAGGGAUUGCAGAUGAUUUGUUGCAGACAGAGCAAAUGACAAUAAUUGAUUUGAAGAAUUGUACUAUUGAACGCAAUGUUGUUGUACUUGCCAAGGUUAUUGAUAUCGAUCCUGAUACCAAAUGGUGGUAUACUGCAUGUUCUAAAUGUUACAAAAAGGUAGAGCAUACAAGUGCAAAAUUCUAUUGUCCAAGAUGUGUAAAGGAUGCUGAUCCAAUUCCAAGGUAUAGGAUUCAAGUAUUGGUAUUUGACACUACUGGAUCCACUAAGUUGGUCAUGUUUGAUAAAGUCGUCAACAAAAUUGUGGGCAAGCCAGCAAAAGAACUUAUUGGUGAUGUAGAUAAAGGUGAUUUGAGUGAUACAAUUCCUAAAGAAUUUGAUGCCAUCAUCAACAAGGAAUUUCUGUUCAUGAUAGAUAUUAGUGCGAUGAACAUAUCAAAAAACUGGUCAGUUUAUACUAUAAAAUCAAUGUCAGCUGAUCAAGAAGUUAUACGGCAGUUUCGUGCUAUGCAUUCUAUUGAGGGCUUCCCUAGAUGUCAGUAUUGAUUUUGUUGUGGAUGCAUUGCCAAGGGAAAAUGAGUAAGAGGCAGGAAGUGUCCAAAUUUUGACUUCGACAAGCGACUCGAGAGGCGAAGCAUCAAUGCUAGAAUUUGUAAACUCUUACAAAUGGAAGGACAUGAUAAUAUAAAUUUCCUUACGAUUACUGAAAUCUUUUUACUACAAUCACGACAGUGGUAGCUUAUAAUUGUUGUAUGAUUACAACUACGGGUAUACAACUAUAAGCAUUGAUUUAUAGAUGUUCGUAUGUAGGUAAUUUUAUGUUACUACAAAAUGUAUUCAAAUGAAAUGUAUUUUUCAGUAUUUAUAUUUUA